AUUUAUAGGUGGAGAGAUGAGGAGGUAGAACGACAGGGAGAAGAGACGAGAGAGGGAGAGCGAGAGAAAGGAAAACCAGACACAAUAAGAGGAAAAGGAAGACAAAGAGGAGGAGCGGGCGAGAGAGAGACCAUGCUGAGGAGGAAGAGGAGCGUGUCGUUCGGAGGCUUUGGAUGGAUUGAUAAAUCUACAGUCAGCGCUCUGAGAGCUCGCAAACAGGAGCAGCUGACCAUCUCCAAUGUUCCCGUCACAGACUGCCCUCCCUCUCCCCCCCGAACCGCACCCCCCACCAUGAAGUCGGCUCAUUUCUUUGACAUGAUGGAUAAGAUGGAGCAGGUGCCAGAAGCUGCAGAGAUGAAGACGAUCCCUCAGAGACAGAAGGACGACUACAUUCCUUACCCGAGGAUCAAGGAGGUGUUGGAGAGGGGGGGUCCAUACCCUCAGGUCAUCUUGCCGGAGUUCGGAGGUUACUGGAUCGAGGAUCCCGAGGCUCCUCCGCCUCCGGCACCUCCUCCCGCCUCCCUGGAGACUGAGGGGACGGAGAGAGAGGAGAGGAAAGAGGAAGAGGAGGAAGAGGAAGCGAGGGCGGUCCUGAGAGAACUAGAGGAGGAAGACAGACCCCCGGGGGAUUAUGGGUACCGGCUGGAGGAGAUCAGCGAGGCUGCUAGGGCUUACAGGAAGCGCUUCUUAGGCAGGGAACAUUUAAACUUCUCUUGCUCGGCCAGCAGUCAGGGGAACCUCCUGCUGUCUGUGAGGCACGAGGAGGAGAAGGAGCAUGAGUCGCUCCACGUCAUCAUCAGGUCUCGGGUGAAAAGUGUCUACCACAGAUUGUCCCUGACAGAGAUGCCAGAGAUCCCCAGUGUGCCCGAGCUCGCAAAGCUGCUCUGUGAUGAAGCUGCAGGUCUUCGUUUCAGUCCUGUCCUCUACCCCAAAGCGUCUCAGCUGAUCGUAAACUAUGACGAACACGAAGUCAACAACACCUUCAAGUUUGGAGUCAUCUUCCAGACGUUUGGACAGGUGUCUGAGGAGGAGCUGUUCAGGAACAACGAGGAAACGCCGGCGUUCACAGAGUUCCUGCAGCUGCUGGGAGACACGGUGGAGCUGCAGGACUUCAAGGGGUUUCGGGGCGGUCUGGAUGUGUCUCACGGCCAGACGGGUUCUCAGUCGGUGUACACAGUCCACAGGCACCAGGAGAUCAUGUUCCACGUCUCCACCAAACUGCCCUUCACUGAGGGAGACACGCAGCAGCUCCAGAGGAAGCGUCACAUAGGAAACGACAUCGUGGCGGUGGUGUUCCAGGAAGAGGCCACGCCCUUUGUCCCGGAUAUGAUCGCAUCCAACUUCCUGCAUGCCUUCAUCCUAGUGCAGGUGGAGGAGCCUUGCUCUGACUGCACGUCCUACAAGGUGUCCGUCACAGCACGAGAAGAUGUGCCUCCGUUUGGCCCACCGCUCCCAAACUCAGCGGUUUUUAAGAAGGGUCCAGAGUUCAGAGAGUUUCUUCUCACCAAACUCAUCAACGCAGAAAUCGCCUGCUAUAAGAGCGACCGCUUCGCCAGACUGGAGGAGCGUACCAGGGCCGCUCUACUGGACAGCCUCCAUGAUGAGCUGCAGAGACGCUCCCAAAGCAUGCUGGGAUUGACAUCAGGUCUGGAGGAGGAAGGGCGAGCUGAGAAUGGACACGCCCACGGAGGUCUGCUCGAGUCCCUCAAGAGGGCGAUGAGAGGGCGGAGCGUCUCCAUGGAGACAAUGUCGAGAGGCGGGGCAGGUCUUCCCACCAGCCUGAGUGGAGGGGGUCUUGCACACUUCAGUGCUGAGUAUAACGUGAAGUCUCCUGUGAAGAGACGUUCAGGACUUUUCCCGCGUCUGCUGAGUGUCGACAGUCAGACCGAGAAACACAACCUGAGAAGUCUCCUUAGCGAGCAGAGGAGCUUCGACUGCGGCUGCCACGCCACCCUGGAGGUGAGGUCGGAGCUGCCGUCCAAUCCCAGCUCUCCAGAGGCUGGACAACGGGACAGAGUCCACGUGAAGAAAGAGAGCAGUAAGAUCUCCAGGUCGACGUCCAGCAGUUGCAGCUUCAGCUUACCUGCAGAUGAAACACACCUGCUCGCCCAGGCUGUGACCGUAGAAGGUCAGAAUUCAAGUCCGCUCCUAGUUUGUCGCAGCCCAACAGAGCUGAAGAAUAAAAACUCUCCCAGAUCCAACCUUAAGUUUCGCUUUGACAAGUUGAGCCACUCAGCAGCACCCGGACAGUAAACUGUGAGGACGGCGAUGGGAGAAAAAAAGAGAGGAGGUUCAGACAAACAUCACGCGUAACUCCAUCGUCUUUACAUGCUCCGCCUGUUAAACUAACAGAAUAUAUUUCUCAUGAUGUCACGAUGAUGUCGCCAUGAUGUCAUCAGGGUAAUCUCAGACUACAAAGAGUGGUACAGGUGAAGUGGUAUUUACCUGUGCAGCAGAGAGAGGGUCACACUGUGUUCUGUUCGUGUGUCCACACGCUGCAGAGAUGUAACGUCUGUACAUCUGUGCGCUUCAAUAAUAAUCUUUGACUUUUAUUAAUCAGGGACUCCGAGCGAGCUGAAGCUGACGGCUGGAUGGACGUCCUAAAAUAAGACAUGGCUGACAUUUUCACUCGUCCUUGUUUUGCCUGGUUGACAGAUGCAACGUGUUUCUGAUUGAAAAAUGAGUAUGUAACACUGAUGAAAUAAUCUCCUUACGUUGGGCAAAAGCAGCUGUCAGUUUAAACACCUGAGCAAAUCAUAUGCAGUCGGCAGCCAACCGGCAUCUGCCCCCUUCCCCUAGGUGAACUAAAUACCUACGGUAAUUUAAUUCAUUCACAUCCAGCCAGCAGGUAGCAGGACUCAAGCAGAUCAGCAAUUGGAAACAUUCAUUCUGAACCUCUGAAAGUUUAAAACGAGGAGCUUCAAACAGAUUGUACCAAGAGAAAGAAGGCAAGUAACGAACAAUAAAGUUUUCUUUAAAACACUCGAUUCAUAAAAAUAAAACAGGUGCAAGUAUCUUCAAACUGAAGCUCAAGUAUACCUUGUUCUUUCAAAGAAUGGCCAAAGGGAACCUUAAAGCAGCUGGUUUAGGGGAUCUAAAGACAAACCUAAACAUUUGUCCAAGGAAAAAAAACACAUGCUAAAGGAUACCUUAAAAUUAGACUAUAAAGGUUCCUAAAAACAGACCUUAUCAUGUGUAAGAAAAUUAUCUGAUAACAUGUGAUUUAAGGGUUUUUACGGAUCCCUUGUUUUGGUACCAUUCCCAACUUCUGACACGGUGGAAACGCCAAUAAAUGUGUACCGUACCAAACCGAAAUGAACCAGACUGCUUAGUGGAAACAAGACUUAAGAGUACAGGGUACCUCAAUGUGUUAGAUAGGAGACGAUUCUUGUGCACUCUAAAUGAGCACUGAAGGGUCCCUUAUAACAGAUCUUACCAGCUGAAGAGAGUAUCCUUAAAUACAGACCUGACCACAAAGAAAACAGGCGUUACUUCCCUUAGAGAGAUGCGCCGGGUACCUUGACCCAGAACUAUCCAUGUGUUUGAAGUAAAGGGGAUACUUGAGGGUAAAAUAAAAAGUAGCGAAAGGAUACCCUAAGACAGAUGCUCAAGGGUUUCUAAAAACCGAGUUAACUGUGCCUUGGAUAGGAGACCAAACUAAAUAUGAGCGCUGAAGGGUUAAUAAGAACAGAUCUUACCAAGAGUGAAAAGGCAAGUUAACAGACAGUAAAAUACUUAAUCAGGUAUUCAUUUCAAAAGGCAGAUGCUGAAGGGUACCUUAACACAGACAUAAGCGCAAGAUUGAAAUCAACCAAAAUCUUAAAAAGUGUAUCUGGAGGAAAUCACCAACUCUGUCUUUAACUAUGAAUUAGAUAGGUGACCAAAAGAAAUACAAGCACCGAAGGGUACCUUAAAAGAUAACUUAACAAGUAAUUAAGUAUACUUGAAAAAAAGACUUCAACAGGUCUUAUAAAAGGAAACAGGCUUCUUAAGUGAACCUUGACACAGAAAUUUACACAAGUUAAGAGAACAGAUACUAACGGGUACCUAAAACAGCCUAUGGGUAUCCUGAACACGACGCUAAGGCACCUUAAACAGACGCUAACGAACAGGUACCUUAAUAUAGACUGACCAUAUCUUAGACAUUAGAAAGCUCCAGAACAUGAUUGGUGGAGGGUACCGUGAAACAGAAAUGGAAAUGGUCAUUCACAGGAUAAAGUGGAAAAAGGUUUUCCUUGAGUUUUGAGAUUUUUAUAAAAAUUUAAAUCAAUUUAAAUCCAACCAAAUUUGUUGAUCUCUUCAUCCACUACAUGCUUCUGAACUGGACCACUGCGAGUUAUUUAAAUAAUAAAAUUAGGAACGAUUUUAAUCCACCACUGUAAGGGACGAUGUUAAACACCUUUAAGUCUCUUCUUCCUGACUGUUUCUCCAUUUUACUUUCAUUCUUUGGGGAUUUAAAGGUUGUUAAACAUUGUAAUUUUAACCUAGAAAAAUUUACAUUUUCUCAAAUUGAGUUAAAAAAUCACUAACUUGACCUUGCUUAGUAAGGGCGCACUCACACUCUGCAAUCCGUACCGUGCCCAAGCACGCUUCACACCUUAAGUCCAGUUUGCUAGACUAGUGUGAGUGCUCCGUGAUCAAGCUUGAUACACUUCCUCAGCCCUGGCACGCUCGGAAGAGGUGUGAUCAUGUUGCAUGGUACAGUUCAUGCACGAGCACAAGCACACGGGUACAAAACGUGGACAGCCUUCAUUACGGAGAAAUCACAUCAUCGGUAUGACUUGACCGUGUGUACCUUCUACUUUUUCUUAAUAGUCCACCUGUCUUGUAAAUUGAGCACUCUUCAUAAUAAUGCUUCAUGAUCACGUAAAGCCAUGCAUGUGUACAAGAGGUAACCGUGCUCAGGCCCGUUUAGUCCUAUAGAAGUGUGAGUGCAGGCCAGCCCCCUCCCCAUCCCCCUGUGCUUCAGCACAGUACGGGACAACAGGGCCUAGUGUGAGUGCGCCCUGAGACAGUAUGCCAACCUGCUGCACGCACGGUUCGCAUAUCAGCAUUAUUCUGUCUUUCUUGGACAGAUGAGGUAUUUUUGUGUCUUUUUCUCCAUAUAUUUAAUCCUCUAAGUGAUCAACACUAAAUGCAAAGGGGGUGUCUUACUGAGAUCUGCCUUUCUUUGUCAAAACAUGCAGCAACACCAGGCUGGCGAAAGAUAUGGCUUUAAAUUGGGAUAGGCUUUUAUUUGAAGUUUUACAGUUAUUCUGACUGAGAGAGAUAAUAAUGUCAAACACUUUCCUGUAGUUCUUCCAAGUUUUCUACUGUAAACACAGAAUUUGCCUCUAUAUCGAUAACGUCAUUCCUGUGUAUUUAAUGAUGUCUGAACGUUUACACACAUCAGUCACUGUUAGCUGUUUAAAUAAUCAACAAUACAAUCAAUAUAUCGACUCAGAUGUUCAAUCAGCAGUUUGUCGCUUUUGUCACAGUCGGGUCAACCUGCUGCAGGUUUGUAGAAAAUAUUCAAUUCACUGUAAGAUUUCUCUGAACAGGUUGGACUCAGUGCUGUGUUGAAAGUGACCGACUGUAAACCUGCAAAAACCAGAAGCUUCACUGCCGUUUGAUGCAAAAACAGACAGGAAACAGAUGUUUUUUAUUUUGCACUAAGAUGACACAAAGCUCUGUGGAUGUUAAAUAUGUACAGUCUGAAUACUAACUCUACUCUAAUUAUCUUGAUUGCACUGAAAGCACAAAAAUCUGUUCCUCCUCGUCUCCUUCUGAUUUCAGGUGUAAAUCUCUGUCAGUUUGUUCAGAUUUUUGCAAUAUAAGAGUAAAUAAUUUAUUUUGAAAGGGGGCGAGGGAGGAUGUAGCAUAAUUACAAAGAUGUCGCUGUGUCUGUAUUUAAUGUUCUCCAUCAUAAUGGAAAAAAUCAAUUUACGUGAUUCUGCUAUGUAAAUCUGAUGUUAUAAAGUUUCUGCAGAGCUUCAA